UCAAUCAAGCUCUCUCUUCUUUCUCUUUCCCAAACCCUAAAUAAAUAAAAGGAUUAGGUCUUUUGGCGUGACAUUUGAGAUAAAUGGCCCAGAGUUCUUCUUCUCUUUGAUACAGUAAACACAAAAUUAUCAAUCUUUAACAUUCCACCAUUCACUCAAACAUCAACACUGAAAUCGGAAAACAGUAGAGGCUGAACUCCUCGCGGCGGCGGCAGAUCGUGAUUGGUGCUAUGGGUUACGAGCAGCUGACACCGGUGGUGUGGGGAUGGCCGAGAAUGGAUCGAAGCAGGAUGCGUCAACGUCGGAGAAGGGGCUUCGCCGGAUCUGAACCAGAGCGGCGCUGGGCGUGUGAUGGGGUGAGAACGAGUUGCGAUUCAAUAGUGGUGACUCGUUGUUCGCUGAAGGUGAUGUCGCUGGAGUUCGGUUUGGAAUGGAUGUUGCUGAAGGUUGCGAAAUUGCUGAAGGUCGUCGCGGCGGAUACAGGAGGGAGUGAUGGCUGUUCCGGCGUGGUGUUGGAGCCGUGGAUACUGUUGCAGUUAGAUGAAUAUUUGCAGAGAGCCAGAUGUAUUGUUGUUGAUGGUGAUGCUUCUUCGCUUCUUCCAAGACAUGCUCACGGGAAGUUUCUGAGGAUGUUUUUGGGUCCUAUUAAUGUUCGUGCAUCUCGUAAGGAUGUGCAGCUUAAGGAUUACAAGUAUGUGAGGAUACUUGGUGCUUUUUAUUUGCAACUUACUGGAUCUGAUACUGAUGUGUACCAUUAUCUGGAACCAUUGUAUAAUGAUUAUAGAAAAUUGAGGCGAAAAUUAGCUGAUGGACGAUGCGGAUUUCAAACAAAACAAAAAUAUAGAUUUGGUUGGUUUAGUAUGAAGCUGAAAUUGGUAGGAGGUGAUUCUGCUGGUGUUGUCACAACUUAUUAUAUGUGUUCAGAAAAUGGUGCAGGCCCAACAAGAGAUGAAAUUGAUUUUGAGUUUUUGAAUGAUUUAGGUCUGAUGGAGGGGAAAGGAUGGUUAAGAAGCUUAGGAUGUCCAAAGUCCUCACUAUAUCUGAGGGGACAUCAGUUUCAGAUGCGUGUCGGCGAAUGGCAGUGCGGCGCGUUGAUGCUGUUUUGCUGCCUGAUUCAAAUGCUUUGUUAUCGGGAAUUAUGACUGACAAGGUUUGUGAAUUUUCUGUGUGAAUGUGUGUUUAUUGAGUGUAGUGCAUAAUAUAGUUUGAAAUUUAGUUUUCAUGUAUAAUGCAAGGAUGUGUGUGUUGUGUCUAGGAUAUUGCUACUAGAGUUAUUGCCGAGGGUUUGUGGCCGGACCAAACAAUGGUGUCAAAAGUAAUGACUCGGAAUACUUUGUUUGUGAUUAGCUUUAUAUUAAAUAAUUUCAGAAGAUCUUAAGCCUAUGAUUAAAAUAGCUAAUGUUCAUCAUUAUAGAGAAAUAUAGUUUUGAAACUAUAACUUACUUGUAUUAGUUCACUGCUUCACUUUAUAUGAAAACUACUAUUGCAAUAAGAAUUAAAUGUGAAUGUGCUUUAUGAUGUUAUAUACCUUCUCAAUUUCUUUCAGGAUGAUGAAUUGAAAUCCAUCUUUCUCUUUAUGUUACCUAGUUUCCUUUUAAAGUUCUCUCUUGUGGUGUGUCCAACAGAAUGGUGCUUUUGAUUUCUAUUGGGUUUCUGUUUAUGUAUGUAUGUAUGUAUGCUUGUAUUGGGUUUCUGUUUGUUUCUAUUUAGCCUGUUAAGUUUGGUACCUAGGUGAUAUAGUGUUUAAUCUAGCCCCCAGUUUGGUGUAGCAUGCAGCUCUGUUACUAUAAGCCUGGAAGAAAUAAAGAAUUCAACACAUUAGGAACCACAUUAACACAACAGAUUUGAUAAAGGCAGCGUUGGUGUUUUAUGUGAAGGAAAAGAGGAGACCAAUUUUGAAGAACUAUGACCCAAAGUCUUAUGACCUUCACUACUCCAAAUUCACUUUCCAAAGUUUGAAGCCGGACGAGAAGUUAUUAUAGUUGGAGUCAAGGAAUUUCUUUCUCUGCUCAAAGCCAAUCGUUUCUUCUUGUACUCAAAAAGAGAACAUGGCAAUGGAUUCUGCAUUUCCUUGGAUUAUUUUAGUCCCUUUCCUGCUAUAAAUUAAGACCGUAGACAUAUGUUAAAUAGAGUAAUUAUUGGCAAUCUUUAGUAGAAAAUGAAUUGAUGAUGAAAUUAGUAUCUCUCAAUCUUAGAGGUUCUCCGGUUUUCAUUCUUCUUGUACUUGUGUUUCCAAUCAAUGCAAAGUAUAUUGAAAUAUUAUAUUAUUUAAAAGA